AAACAAUUUUCUUUUUUUUCUCGCCGUUCCGCCGUCGGCCGUCAGACCAUACGGCCACACAGUCUGUGCGGAGUGCAUGGGCGUCGCGGUCGCGAUUCGUGCUGUUGUGUUUUGAUUGUAGAAGUACAGUCGAGCGAAGAAAUCGACGGAUCACAGGCGGCCUGAGCCCCUGAACGAUGCAUGUCCUCGAGAUUGGAGCUGACCAAGAGGAGGAUGGCGGCCUCGCACGCGCUGCCGAGGCAGCCUUCCGCACCGUGCCCAGGGACCACACCGCCUUCCUCGUCUGGAGAAUCGCGGAAUCUGGCACGGAGAUGCUGCCGCGCACACACUACGGCACGUUCUACGACGCGGAGGCCUACCUGGUGUACUCGUGCUCCAUCGCAGGCCAGCCCGCGGGGCCCGAUGUCAUCCGUAAAGAAAUAAAAGAGAACGGCAGCAGCGAGUUCGCAGAGCGCCACAUUCACGCGUGGGCCGGCGAGCGCAGCGGCGCCCUCGCAGCCCUAGCGCUCCGCCGCGGAACCCAGCUGGCGGCGCACCUGGGCGUGCCGGUCGUUAUCCACCGGGAGGCUGCCACAAAGGAGACGCCGCGGCUGUUAUCCUAUUUCCGCGAUGGGAUCAGGAUCCUCCGCAGUGGUUCUGGGACCCUCAAUGGUGGCGCACGUCUGUACCGAGUCAAAGGUCGCCGACCCGUGCUCCUCCAACUGGAGCCUGUGUCCUGGUCUCAUUUGUCUGCGGACGGGGUGUUUGUAUUGGAUACUUCUUCGCUGCUUCUAUUGUGGGUGGGAAGAGCCGCUAACUUGGUAGAGAAAAUAUUCGGAGCUAAGAUCGCAUACCGCAUGGCACGAGGAGCAGAAAAAGGCAUGACAGCGCGGCGAAUCGCGAUCGCUCACGACGGGUACGAGCAGACAUUGCCAGUCACAGACCGCGGUCUGCUCGACACACUACUAGAGCUCAGAGCUCGUUCUGUGAGACCAGCUGCGCCGCCGGCAGACCCGCCCAGACACGCGCGUCUGUACCGCGCCACGCAGCCGCCCAGACUCGCUGUCACCGUGCCGUCUCAGAGACCGGCGGCCCGCCUGGAGGAGGUGAAGAGGGCACCACUGCAUAGGGAUGAUUUGAGCGACGAUGGCGUCUUCAUAAUAGACAGUGGCAAUCGCGGAGUCUGGGCUUGGGUAGGGUCGAACGCUUCCAACUCCGCCGCUAGAGGUGCUUUAGCGGCCGCGCGCGGUCUGGCUCGGGCCAAGCGGCUGGUGGGACCGGUGUCUGUGGUGGAGGCGGGCCGGGAGCCGCUGGAGUUCGCGGCGCUGUUCCGCGGGUGGCGCUGGUGUGACGCCAGGAGGGACAGCAGGCUGCGUGCUGCUAGAUCUGCUACGACCAGGUUGGACGCGGUCAGUCUGGCUACCAACUCGUGGCUGGCUGCCGAGGCCCAACUGCCGGACGAUGGAUCAGGCGCACUUCGCGUGUGGCGCGUGCACGUCGCUGACGACGACAGCACCCUGAUAGAGGUGGAGCGCCCGCAAGCUGCCGUCUUCUACGACCAAGACUGCUACAUCGCGCUGUACACCUACCACGCGCCCAUUGGAGACCAGUCCAUUUUGUAUUACUGGAUCGGCGGCUCUUCGCCAAAUGAUUUGAGGAAUUUGGGUGCUAAAGAAGCCAAAGACCUCUACACCAAAUUGGGGCGUCUUCCCGUCCAGGCGUGGGUAUACCAAGGCAAGGAACCAGCGCACUUCCUCCAGAUCUUCAAAGGUCGGAUGAUCACGUAUGUGGGCAGCGCCGCGGAUUACGAUCCUAGCGGUCGCCGCGUAGUAGCGCCAUCUCGCGCAUUGAUCAGAGUAUCAGGGCAGUACGCGCGCGAGGCAAGAGGCGUGGAGGUCCGGUACGAUGACGUCAUGUCCGCCGGCGCCUGCUUCAUACUGCGCGAGGCUGCCAGGGUAUGGGUGUGGUGUGCUGCCUCCGCCACCGGGGACGAGCGGGAGGUGGCCAAGAAUAUGGCCGCCGCAGACCAUAUACUGGUCAUGCAAGGCAAAGAAAAGCCAGAUUUUUGGACAGCACUGGGCGACCGCCGGCCGCUGCUCGUGGCAUCUCCGCUGAGGGAGGUGGAGAGGCCUCUGCCGCCGCGUCUGUUCUAUGUCUCACUCGGAGUACCGGGGCAAUAUUCGUUCGAGGAGAUAGUGUCGUUCAGCCAGUACGAGCUGUCGCCGGAAAUGGUGUGCGUGCUGGACGCGCACGGCGCGGUGUUCGUGUGGCUCGGCGCGCACGCGUGCCCGAGGGCCAAGGACGAUGCGCGUGCGCUCGCCGCCGCUUACCUCUCACACGAUCCAGCUGCGCGGGACCCCGAGACCCCAAUCCUCGUCAUCAGCCAGGGCCGGGAGCCGCCACACUUCACCGGAUUCUUCCCUCAUUGGAAGCAGUCUAUGUGGAAGGGCCACAAGACAUUCGCAGCUAUAGUGAGCGCCUUAGAAGGCAAAGCGAUCGUGCAGUGCGGUAACAACGCGGUACAGAGCGGCAACAGCGCGACCCGUUUCGACCAGUACGAGAAGUACCCGCUGACAGUCUUGCGAGGACCCAAGGAACACCUUCCUCCGGAUGUCGACCCUCUGGCUAAAGAGCUAUAUUUAACUCACGACGACUUCGUAUCUACUUUCCACGUCCCCUACAGCGAGUUCCGUACGCUGCCCGCCUGGAAGCAAAAGGACCUCAAAAAAUCUGUCGGCCUGUUCUAAACAUAUUACUUUUUUCAUAUCCAUACUUAUAAAAUAUUGCGAUAAAGCCUUAUUUUUUACGAUAUAGAUGAUAUGUAAUUUAGUGAAAAGUAACCAGUGAUGAUUUUGAAAUUUUAAAACUAAAUUUCUAUAAUUUCAAUGAAAGUUGAGUAAGGGUCAAAAUAUAAGGAUUGGUAUAUUUUCUAUUCACCUGUUUCUUUUCGUGCACAGUACUAUACUUUAGUUUUGUGGAUUACGACCGUGUGAAGCGGAGAAGAAAAAUAAGAAACGUGAACUGGGCUCCGGACCGAGAAAACGCUCAGAUGAGUUUAAUUUUGUGUUAGAUCUUUAUGAAGUUAUGUGCAUUUAGAAGUAUUAACAUAAUAUAUUCUAUUGGAUUUCUACGAUUGAAGUUCAUGUUUGAGGAUUAAGAAACUUUAUAGUAUUAAUGCUGUUUUCUUUUUAUUUUAUACACCGAAAAAAUGUAUAUUUGAGAUUUUUAAUACAUUCAUUUGUUAAUGCAUGAUCACCUGUUUUAACUGUCACUUGUUUGUGUUGUCACAUCAUUGAUAAAUGUUAUUGUCAAUUUAUGCGUAAAAAUUUGUUAUUAAUGUAAUAUUUAAAUAUGCAAAGCAUUUGAGAAAUAAAACAAUAAGAUUGUUGUAAUGUUAUUUAUUUUCCAUGAAUGUAGCACUUAUUAGCUAGGCAUUAAUUUUAUGAUAAAAUUAAUUAAAAUCUUUACAAUAUACAAAUUCCUUAAAAAUCCAUAAAAUAUCGGUUUAUUCAAAACAUAUUUACAUUAUAAUAACUAUCGAUACAUAUAACAUAGUAUGCCCGGGUGAUAUGGGAGUGGGCCGUAGCUAAGGCACGUGGUUUAGUAUAUUGCAUGACACAAACGUAUUUAUAAUUAUAAUGAGAGGCCCGGGCGAGUGGCCCAGGAGACGUUAUACUAACCAUGAAAUAUAGAAUUAUCAGUAUUAAUAUAGCUUAAGGCUUGCUCACUAAUAAUAAAGGGUUACACCAAAUGAUCAAUGUCAGCGAAGCGGCAACACAAUGUAUACAAACGAGGAGCUAAGUUAGGAACUUGCAAUUUUAGCAUGAUAAAUAAAAUAUUACAAUAACACGAAUGUAAAACGUAUCAAUAAAUAAUUUACAUAAUAAUGACGUUAAUUCCAUAUUUAAUGUAUAUGAUAUAUUAUAAGACAAUUUGGGAGUAUUUCUUGAACAACCACUGAUUACAUGCAGCGGGAAAAAUACUCCCGAAAAAUGUCAUGAGAUAAAAUCAGGUUGAUUCUCAUUAUGCAUAGUAAAUAAUAGUAAAAUUAAUCAUCAAGCGGAAUUAUUUAAAUAUUUACUUUAAACAAAACUUGACUCCAAAUGAAAUUAUAAUCGUAACUCGUUACGUGCGAUUUUAAAAAUUUCUUUGGCAAAAUAACCAUUUCCGAAAGUGAACACAAAGUAUUAAUAUAAUGUAUGAUACAAUAUGGAAUGAAACAUGGACGAUAGCUGCCCUAAUAAAAUUUAAAAUGCAUCUCAAAAAUAAGCGUAAAUCUAAAAGAUCGAUCGCAGAAACUUAAGUACGUAAAUUUAACGAUUUCAGUACACGGAUGAAAGAGAUUGGUACUUAACACUAACAAAAAAUACAAUAGCAAUAACUGGACAAAGCGACAGAGAUGAACCAGAGUCAGUAUAAACUAAUACAAACAAAACUCAACAGAGCAUUCGUUGCAGGAAUGUAAAGUAGAGCAAUAAUAA